AUGAUGCCGGGAGCGUUUCAGAUGUCUCCCAGUUCAGCUGGUGUGCAGGCAGGACGAUGCCAUGGCAUUCCCCCGCCGCAGAUAAUCUACGAGAAGAAGCGAACAGCUCGGUGCUUUCCUGAUGUUGAGGAAUUUCUGAAGGAAGAGGUAGUAUCGUGCCGGCGGGUCUCUGUUCAAAGAACUUUCCUACACAUACAUCAAGAUGUUGGACCACCCAAGAAGAAGCAGAGGCAAAAGAAAGAGGCUGAAGCGGCUGAAGAUGGGCGAGUUGAGGUGCCUGCUUGGGAGGAAUACUUCAAGUCCAAUGGCUUCACAGACUGCCAGCUCAUCCAGACCUUUGUCUGGAAGCACAAAGAUCAGAAAGAUCAGAAAGAUCAGUUGAUCUUCGCCUGUGUUCCCUAUCCUUCACGACCUGAUGGUGCCCUUCUGGCAGAGGUGAUUCAACAACCUGCCAAAGAUCUGGUUCAAUGCAAACUGAAGGAGGUACAAAGCAUCACGAAGCGUCCUUUGUUUGUGUGCUUGCCCUUUGCUUUGCCGGAGGGAUCGCUGGUGGUUGCAGAUGAGCAGCUCCGUGUUCAAAGCAAAGAGUUGCUCUUCGACUGCGGCACUGUGGCGCUGUUCAUGAACGCCACUGAAUUCUGGAGGUCAGUGAAGCCAAGUGCGGGCAACAUUUGCAAAGCAUAGCGUUAGGCCACCGCGAGGCUCGUGAAGAUUCAGAAAGUCUGUUUUGGUUCGCGAAGUGAUUGGGCCCCCGGCUCGCUCCAAGAGCCUCGUCGACCUUGUGCGCACGAGUCAACCACUGGCACAUCUGGCACCUGAACACAUGACGACCUGCUUUGCUGACUAGACUUCGGCAGCUGAGACUCCCUGGGACUGUUGCCUCCAAAGAGAAUAGAUUGACAUGGUGUCAGGGAAGAAGUGCUGCGGAGCGAUUCAAUCACACCAUACAACUCCAAGCACUAGUGGUGCAGAGAUUUGAGAUCCUUCAAUUUGCUUCUGCCAAUAUUUAGCCAACCUGGUCAUUCUUGAUUUCUGCAAGAGAGAUGAGUCGUUUGCGGUGACAAAAA